CACCGUACACUUCUCUUCUAACAACCGGAAGUGUUUGCAGUAGGUUUGGAAAAGUAGCAGGCUUGUUUCACGCUGCUAGGUUUAGGAGUGACUUUUAAAAGCAGGACUUGAUCGGGACUCCAAACUGACGUGUCAUCCUGAACAUCGGUGGGGAAAAAGUACAUUGAGGAGAACGGUAUUCGCGGGGAUGGUUUUCAGAAGGCUACCUUUUUCUCAGAUAGCGAUGGCCACCGUUGUUGGAUUUGCCGGAGGACUGUACGUGUACAAACCCAUCUACGAGAAGUAUGUCAAAUAUCAGAAGUCAGGCAAGAAGGAGGAAGACGAGCAGAAUCUAUCAGGCGAACAAGGAGAGCCACGAAAGAAAACUAAAUGUGCAUGUGAAAAAUAAAGCGCUUUUUAUACGAAUAUGAAAACUGUGGAACAGAAAAUACAUCAAUUUAAAAUUCAGAUCUUCAAAUCUUCCUCUCUUAUGUAGAAUAAAUGAUUGAUUUUUUUAUUGUCCAGUGUUACACCAGUAAAUUGCAAAUGUUUGUUUCA